AAACCCCGACUACAUAGGAGUAUGUGUUUUUAUCUUAAGGAGUGAAAAAACUAGAUGAAAGUCGUGAAAAGUGGGUCUAAUGGCGGUUACUGAACUAGCCAAGCCAGUAGCAACAGAACGCUAAUUAAAAAGCUCUUUAAAUCGCCAUUUUAAAAUUUCGUAAAGUUUUACUUAAUGCUGCCUAAUACACAAUAAUGAAAGCGACGAAAGAGGAGACUACUGAAAUAAAACAGAUUAAGGACGACAAAGACCUCAUUUGUAGUCUUUGUAAGAGGUGCGACAACAUUCCAGAGAAAUAUGGGGAGAAGAUCACCCUUCAACAGCACAACCUGACUGUCCACUAUUUCUGUCUGCUGAUGUCUAGUGGAAUAUGUCAGAGAGGGGAGGAGGAUGAAGAUAUCCAUGGCUUUCUCGUGGAUGACAUAAAAAAGGAGAUCCGCAGAUCUUCGAGGCUGAGGUGCAUGCACUGCAAAAAGGUUGGUGCAUCAGUGGGCUGUUCCAUCAAAAGCUGUCGGCAAAUGAUCCACAUGCCUUGUGGAGUAGAGCAGGAGUUUAUUUUCCAGUUUACUGGCUUGUUUCCGUCUUUCUGUAAAAAACAUGCACCUAGUCAGUCCUGCGUCUCCAGCCCUAGUCUGCCCCUCUCCUGCUCCGUCUGUCUUGAGCCCAUUGAAUCUGUCCUCUCCUACAAUGUCCUCAAGUGUCCUGCGUGCCAUGGAAGCUGGUUUCACAGGGAUUGUGUACAGCAUUAUGCACACAGUGCUGCCAUGUUUUUCUUCAAAUGCACACUAUGCAAUAACAAGGACCAGUUUCAGCAGGAAAUGCUCAGAAUGGGAAUAUAUAUACCAGAGCGGGAUGCAUCAUGGGAACUAGAGGAAAAUGCAUAUGGAGAGUUGCUGCAAGUGUACCAGCACUGUGAUGCUGUAAAGUGUCUUAGUCACAAAGGUCGUAAACACAGCUCACAGUCAGGGUUGUUUGAAAUUGUUCGUUGUAAGUUGUGUGGAUCCAGGGGAACUCAUCGAAAGUGCUCCAACCUUAGGCUUUACGACACCGACUGGGUUUGUGCUGACUGUAAAGCUGCUGUUGAGGAAAACAAGUCUGUGCAAUUGCCAAACCAUGUUGAAUCACCACUGGCUAUAAGGCAAGAGAGGAAGAGGCUGUUUAAAAACAUCUCUGACUUUCACUCUUCGCUCAUCACUAAAAGGCAGCGUGUGCCAGCCACUUCUCCAGAGGUCUUAAUGGAUCUGGCCUGUCAGAUAUCACUGCAGCAGUCCACAGAGGUGCUAGUGGGAAAUGAUGAUGGGGUGAUGGAAGCAGCUCUGCAGGUUCUGCGGCAAAGUGACUUUAAUCCCUGCUGCACACUUUCUGUGAAAUUUUCCAAAGACAAACUGAACAACAACAUUAGGAAUCAGCGUCGCUUUCUCAGAUGUCUUGUUUCGAAGCUGCAGAUGUCAGAAAUCUUUGAGGGACCUGAUGGAGUUAAAAACCUGGCUCUGAACUCAAAAGCUCUGAGGGAUGAUCUCUACUUUGAAGUCGGCAGUCUGUUAGCCCUCUCUUUGAUUCACGGAGGUCCUCCCAUGGGCUUCUUCUCUCCAGCCCUCUACCAUAGUCUGUUCAAUUACCCCACAAACUACAGGCCUACUUUACAAGACCUCGGAGACACUGCUUUUGCACACAAAAUCAGACAGAUUGCAGAAGCAAACUCAAAGAAGGAGCUGAGACAUGCAAUGCAGUCAGCGUCACAAUACUUGGAAGCAGCAGGCUGCUGGCGAAAGAUCAGCAAACUCUCUGAGAAGGACAUGUUGGUGGAGGAUGUACUAAAUUUCUACCUGAUCAUCAGACUACAGCUGCCUUUGCAGAGAUUUCGUGAAGGUUUGAGGACCCUAGGACUGUUUGAGCAGGUUCAGAUGUGUGCAGAGUCUUUCUAUUCAGUCUUCUGUGGGCCUGUGGAGAGGCUGACUGCUGAAUCUGUCAUGAAGCUCUUUACUGCCCGCUUUUCAGAGGAAAAAGAGCAACAAGCUAAAGAAAACACAACAAUAAACUAUUGGAAACAGUUUCUGCAAGAGUGUGACGAGGGUCGGUGUGCAGCAUCACUUGAGGACAUCCUAACAUUCGCCACUGCUGCAGAUUUGGUUCCGUCCAUUGGAUUCAAACCCACCCCGUCUAUUUCGUUCUUGAGCUCACCAGACCCCUCAUGUGCCUUUCCUCAGAGCUACUGUGAUGCCAAUCAUCUCAUUCUGCCCAUACUACCGUCUUAUGAGCUCUUCAAGAAACAUUUGGAUUACACAGUGUGUCAAUUCUCAGUUAUGCAGGACAUUUAAAAAAAGAAAAGAAAAAAAACAUCAUCUCCUAACUGGAUAUUUCAGUAGAUUCAUGGUGUGCAUUUACCUAAUGAUCUACAAUGAUGCUUAAAGUCUAUUUAUUGGGGUUAACAAGUAUUAUAUAUAUUAUGGUAUUUUUCAACCUAACUCACAAUAGCAUUAAUUGAUCAUAGUUGCUCCUCAUUUUAUUUAUCAGUAGUCUGAUAAACCCAGGUGUUGCUAACUCUUCACAGUUAUGUAGCAGUACGUUAG